AUGCGUGUUCAAGAUGUACUACAGAGAUUACUUUCUUAUAUCUACUCAGCUGCUGAAAGUGUUACUAUGCAGAUGUUGCCUAAAAAGUGGAUUCGUAAGGAAAAAGACCGAUUAAGACCUUUUAUGUUACGAGAUAGUGAGUAUAGAUCAGUUUAUAAGCAAAUAUUAAGACGAGUUCAACCUAGGAGUAAAGGCCUAUCAGUAGUUGAAGUAGAAGAAAUUGCCGGAUUAAUUGAGAAUGUUUUAGAAGCUGAAGUAAUUCCUGAGUUCUUAGAACAAAUAGAAGUAAUUAAGGCACGAGCGGCAGGAGAAGAGAUAGAUAGAGAGAGAUUAAGUAGGUUUUGGAGAUAUAUUGCUAGAGGUACCAAUAAUAAUAACUUAGAUAUGCCUAUUAGUAAUGUUAGUAGUGUUGAUAGUGGUGUUGAUAAUGUAAGUAGUGGUAAUGGUUUAGUUGAUGGUAAUGUUAAUAGUAAUGUUAAUGGUGACGUAAAUGGUGACGUAAGUAAUGUAGUUGAUAAGGGCGUAAAUGGUGACGUAAGUAGUGUAGUUGAUAAGGACGUAAAUGAUGACGUAAUGGGAGAUAAGAAAGUGGCAGGUAAAGUUAAGCCUUAUAAAGUAGUAGGUAUUCCUCCUGGGGCUAUUCCUAAUUCAAUUGAGUUGCGAAUGGUUAGGCAGGGAGUUAAAGGGAGUAGUAGUGGUGAGAAAGGUAGAUUGUGUGAAGAUUUACGGUUGGGAAUGGGUAAAGAACCUGGUCGUGAGUUGUUUAGUACUAAUCAUCCUUAUUUAGCUAUGCGGCCUUAUACUAGUUAUGCUGAGGAUCAAGAGUACUUACGCCGGGUUAAGGAAGGACUAGUACCUGGUGGUUUAGAGGAGAGGAAGAGUAUGUCGGCUGAAGAUGUAGCUAAAGCUCAUGCUAGAGAGAAGAAGAGACAAGCUAUUCUUCAAGAGAUUCCACAAGAGAAAAGGAUCUAUGCCAACGAAUCCGAAGAUAGUUUAACUCCUAAAUCUAAUGCUGAACUUAUCUUUAAUAAUCCUUUAACUAAUCCUUUAACUAACCCCAUAACUAACCAGAGUAUUAAUCAGAGUACUAUACAAAUGAGUUCUGGUCGGGAUAGUUUAGAUAUGCCUAGUGAUAAGAGCUUUUCAACCGAUCGAAGUUAUAAGGGUAUUUCUUUACAGAAUGGGUCUUUAGAUGAUCUGAGUAAGAAAAGACCUUCGGCUGAUUUUGGGUUUGCCAAUCAAAGUAGUUCUAUUUUAACUCAGCCGGACUCUUCUACUAAUACGCCUAGUAUUCCUACUAAUACGCCUACUCCAACCUUUUCUUUUGGUACUGAUCCUAAUAUCUCUUUCUCCUUUGGUUCUUCAUCUCAACCCACUCAAUCCACUCCAUCCCAAACUCAACCCAACCCUACUCAACCUACUCAAUCCAACCAAUCACUACCACCCCAGCCGACCUUCUCUUUCUCUUCCAAAAUCACCGGAACAGAUAAGUCGGAUUCUUCUAAAACUCCUAGUUUGUUUGGUCUGGGCUCUUCUACUUCGGCCUUUAGUAACCCUACCUCAACUUCUGGUAUAUUAAGUAAGCCUUCAGUUACUACUACUACUUCUAAUACUCCUAAUACCACCAACGCACCUAAUACCACCAACGCACCUAAUACCACUUCUAGCACACCCUUUAUUAAUCCUAUUACCAAUACCAAUCCUAUUACUAAUACCAAUCCAAUUACUAAUCCCAAUCCUAUUACCAAUACCAAUACCAAUUCCACCUUAACCCACUCAACUCAACCUAAACCUGUAUUUGGUACCUUUGGCACUGGUUCUUCUAACCCUUUUUCGGGUGGGACAACGAGUUUUUCUAAUCCUUUUAGUAAUAAGCCUUCCUCUGAAACAGGAACUCAUUCUGGACCCACUUCUAAUAAUACUGGUUUUGGCCAAAGUCUUAAUCAAAAUUCUAACUUUAAUCAAAAUUUUGGUCAAAAUUCUGGUUUUAAUCAAAAUCAAAAUCUAAACUCUACUCCUAAUCUACAUACUAAUCUAAAUGCCAAUUUAAAUACUAAUAAUACUAGUGGCUCAAAUGGACCUUCUCAAUUUAGCUUAAAUUCAUCAAUUUUCAAUCCACCGGCUCCUUUUACUUCGGAAGCUAAACAACCUGAAUAUACCAGUCCAUUUGCUAAUCAAGAAACAACUAGAAAGAGAUCUUCUUCCUUAUUUGGCAAAAAAUAA